AUGGCAAUGGGCGAGAAAGCAGCGGUCGAGGUAGCCGCGCAAGACUGCGGCAGCAAUGAGGCUGGUGUAGUCAGCGUUGCGCUACCAAAGCAGAACUACCUGCUCAGAAUGGACUUCCGUCUCAUCCCUGUCCUAGGAUGCACAUACACUGUCCUCUUCCUGGACAGAACUAAUAUCGCGAAUGCCAGGAUUGAAGGACUGGAGAAAGGCCUCAACAUGCCGUCUAACGGCUAUAACACAGCCUUAUGGAUUUUCUUCAUACCUUUCAUUCUGAUCGAAGUUCCUAGCAAUUUGAUCAUGGGGCUGCCUCGCGUGCGACCAAACAUCUUUCUGGGUGUCAACAUGUUUCUCCUUGGUAUUGUGGCUACUUGCCAAGGUCUGACUCAGUCGUAUGGUGGGCUGCUCGCGCUGCGGUUCCUAAUGGGGAUAUUUGAAGCUACGCUACCGGCUGGGGCUGCGUUCCUGAUCAAUGAGUACUAUACUCGAGCGCAGAUGUCACUUCGAUUCGCGUGCUUCUUCUGCUUUGGGACUCUGGGGCCUUGCAUCAGCGGCAUACUAGCUUAUGGCAUCCGUAAUAUGCACGGUAUUGCUGGGCUAGAGGGAUUCAGAUGGAUCUUCAUUGUUGAAGGCCUCGGUACCAUCCUCAUCUCAGCCUUUGUAUUCGCGUUCGUGCCUGACUUUCCCGAACGCACUAAGAUCUUAAGUACCACAGAACGGGAGCAUCUCCUUGCGGUACUUCAGCAAGACAAGGGGGAUCAGAAAUUGGACCUCAGAAAAGUGGAAUGGGCCAGGACUUUGACCGACUAUAAGAUCUGGUUCCCGACUAUGAUAUUCUUUUGUUGCGAUAUGACAGCAGCGUCAAUAUCUUCCUUUACUCCCACGAUCUUGACCGAACUCGGUUGGACGGCCGCAAAAUCGCAGGCCAUGUCUGUGCCUGUAUGGCUCACCGGAAUGCUCUUCCAAGUCACCGGCGCUUUCUUGAGCUGUCGAACCGGCUGGCGUUUUCCCUUCAUCCUCUUUGGUGUGCUCUGCGCAACGUGUGGAUGGGCCAUCCAGAUCGCGUACUCCGAGCAAGGCAAUGUGUCCGCUGCCGUGCGCUACUUUAGCCUAUUUUGUAUGAGCGGCGGCACAUUCUUGCAGAUGACCAUGUCCACAGCAUGGAUGUCGAACAAUCUGCGCGGACGUGCUAGUGUCGCUGUCGGUACUGCCAUCGUCUUAGGAUUCGGCAAUUGCGCCAACUUUGUGGCGACAAACGUGUUCAUCAAGGCCCAAGCACCUUACUAUCCAACUGCUUUCAGGACAGGUCUAGUAAUCACAGUGGCAGGCGGUGGCUUCUGCCUGAUCUAUGCAGGGCUGUUAUGGCGUCACAACCAGAAAUUGGCAAGAGAACGGCGACAAGACGGUGGCGAAGAUGAUCAAAGAAAGUACAUGUACCAACUUUAA